UAUCCACUCCCUCUAAUGGCAUCUUCUCCUCUCCGCCGCUCUCUCUCUCUCUCUCUCUUUCUCUCUCUCUCCAUCAUCUCAGCCUCUGUGCGAAGACUGCGUAGACCCAACGCUCCGCUAAUCUCACCCCAGGCAGCAUUUGACCUCAAGAGACUCGAUUGCUCCACCGGAUUGGGACCAGGGGCUUCGGCUGUCAGGACGGAAUCCAGGAGUUCUGAUUGCAGAACGAAGGCGUCAUCCAUGGCUGAAAUUACUACUGCGAAGACUGCUGGGAAGAAGAAGGAGGUGGAGGUCUUUGACUCGGAGGAGGCAGUGGCGGUGUCUCUGGCCAAGUAUACGGCUGAUCUAUCUGAAAAGUUUUGUAAAGAAAGAGGCUGUUUCACUGUCGUUUUGUCUGGUGGUUCUCUCAUCGAGUCUCUCAGGAAGCUAUUGGAACCUCCUUAUGUUGAUUCGAUAGAAUGGUCGAAAUGGCAUGUUUUAUGGGUGGAUGAGAGAGUUGUCCCUAAGGAUCAUGUUGACAGCAACUACAAACUUGCAUAUGAUGGAUUUCUCGCUCAGGUGCCAAUUCUUCCCGGUAAUGUUUAUGCCAUAAAUGAUGCCCUAUCAGCUGAGGGUGCAGCUGAAGAUUAUGAAACCUGUCUUAAACAUUUGGUUAAUAUGAAGGUGAUAGAAGCAUCAUCAGUGAGUGGGUUUCCAAAGUUUGAUCUCAUGCUUUUAGGUAUGGGUCCAGAUGGACAUGUAGCUUCUCUUUUUCCUGGGCAUCAGCUUUGUAAUGAAAAUGAGAAAUGGGUUACCUGCAUUAAGGACUCACCAAAACCACCUCCAGAGAGAAUUACCUUUACUUUCCCUGUGAUAAACUCGUCAGCAUAUAUUGCCCUUGUGAUAUGUGGUGCAGCUGAAGCUGUUGCAGUGCAAAGGGCAUUGGGAAAGGAUCAAAAUUCUGAUGUGCUGCCUGUUCAAAUGGUUUCACCUGAAGGGGAGUUGAAGUGGUUUUUGGACAAAGAUGCAGCUUCAAAGCUGUAGGAAGGAAAGCGUCUUCGUCCAAGCAAUAAUUCUGAUGCAAUUUGUGUGUUUUAUCAAUAGAUGAACUACUAGCUUAUGUAAUCAAGGAUUGCCAAUCUUUCCUCUAUGUGCAAAUUGUGAGCCCAUAAUAAAUAUUUUAUGGAUGAAUGUA